CUCCGCACGCCACCACCCACCCACCGCCUCGUCCUUCCCACAGCUCGCCGCCGACGACCUCUCCUCUCCCAUCUGCUUCCCUCCCAUAGCACGCGGAACGCGCCGCCGUCUCCUCCCUGAUCCAACGCGCCACCGUCUCCUCCCCGAUCAAGAUCGAACACAUCACCGUCUCCUCCCCGAUCCAACGCGUCGCCGUCUCCUCCCUAAUCUAGAUCCAACACGCCGCCGCCUCCUCCCCAAUCCCCUGAUCGAUACGCCGGCUCUCUCACCUUGCUGGCAGGUCCCUCCGCCACCCCUCCUCCCCCUGUCCUGACCCCCUGCGCCACAUGUCAGAGCUCGGAUCGCGCGCUGCUGUUCGCCGGCGGGCUGAGGCGGGCGUCCGGGCGUGUGCCAUGGACGUGGACAACAUUGAGUGCCUCUUGCUGCCCGACGCCGACAUGGAUGCGGACGAUGUCGACCUCGCCCUCCACCCGCACGGCGGGAUCUUCGCCGCCGCCGCCGCCUCCCACCCGGCCGCCUACCCCAAGGCCGCCAUCGGCGCAGUUGGCAUCGUCGCGCCGCGGAGUAGCGUGCACGAGCUGCUCGAGUGCCCCGUCUGCACCAACUCCAUGUACCCGCUGAUCCACCAGCCCUUAUGGAGGAUAUAAGGUGGAGUACAGGUCAAGUGAUCAGCCCUUGUGGAGCUAGAUGGACGAAGCAGCUGAUUUGUUAGCGCAUCAUCAAAUGCUGUCUUUGUAUUUCUUCUUGCUCCAUGAAUUACCCAUCAAUAUGGUGCAUAGAUAGAAUUUUCUCAUAGAUCCUGGUUUCAUGCUUGCACCUUUGGUCCGCAUGGUUUUUGUGGGGAUAUGGUACCGGACUAGAGCGUAGAGGCUGAUGAUUUCUUGAUGCAUACAGAUUGUGGAUGCCAUGUCUGAAACUGUUCAAUUUUGGAUGACUCAAACCGGCUCUAGCUAGCAAUCUCUCUCUCCUUCUCGGUGUAUGUGCGCGCCUGUGCAUCCAUUGCAUGUAAAAUCACGUUUUCAAACUCUUCUACUGUCUGAUAGACUGACCUUGAAUCCACCAACACAUUGUCUCAGUUUUCCAUGCUCUAUCUAGUACUAGUUCCUAACUUCCUAUACAUAUAGGAGUAUUCUGCUUGCUUUGGUUGGUAAACCAAAAUACCAUGGCUGGGUGACGUCCGUCUGUCCUGGGUUACGUUAGCAUACUAGUACAACACAGCUAGUCAUAACAAGGUUAGUUCAUCGUAUACUGCGCUUGAUAUAAAUGCUUAGCUUCUAACAACAAGUAACUUGGGAAUAAAUUCUUCCAUCAGUUUAAUAUGAUUUCUGUUGAUAGAUUUGUCUAGUACUGUUGACAUUGUGAUCAACAUAGUAUACUGUUGGGUUCUUACCCAUAACAUGAGGAUAUCUGUUUUUCAAAUGUGGAAGCCAUCAUAACAUCAUCUGGUCAUAGUUACACGCAUUGUUUAAAAUUUUCUUCUUUGAAUUUCACAUUGCAGUUCUUUGUUGUAAGAUAAUGCACAUGUAUCAAUACCAAAUAUGGAAAGCUUUAGUAAAAGAUGUAAACGUGCUCAUCAUAUGCUAUCUGAUUCCGAGUCGAUUUAGAUUAAUUAUGAUUUUGUUAUUCUGCUUUAUGAUUUACUCAAUCACUAUUGUUUCAUGAUGAUUAUGUAGUAAUGCUCCUCUUCUUCCUCGACCACCCGAACCACCAGGCCGGCGGGGCUCCUGAAGCAUCAACUUCAAUAAUGGUGUUGUGUGUUCUGGAAGAUGGAAGAGGAAGAAAACCUAUUUUUGUUGAACUAAAUUUUCUGUAUUCUGUUUUGUUGUACGUAUCAUUUGAUAGUUUUGUAUAGGAACAAGUGAUACUAUUUUGUAGGGCUUUAUGGCCUGUGAUGUAAACAUAUUUAGUGCUGAAAUAUGAAAUUUGCAAAAUUUGUCGAAAAGGUGGAUCAUAUGUAUGAAUAUGUGAAUGGGCUGAAAAGUGUACUGGACCAACUCCA